AUGUUCGACACGCGACCGGCACUGCUGUCGGCCGUGCUGGCGGGCGCCACCGAGAUCGUCUCGAUGCUCUUGGCGUCGUUUGGUGAUGUGAUUGAUGUGAACGCCAUCUCCAACGUCACGGAAGUGCUGCAAUGGCCGCUCAUGGAAGCGACUAUGGAAGGGCACAAGGAGAUUGCGCUGCGCUUGCUCGAUCACCCUUGCAUCGACAUCAACCUCAUGACUCACCAUGGUUCGACAGUCCUCCUGAGUGCGUGCUGGUUUGAUUGUCUACCUGUCGUCGAGCGAUUGCUGGCGAUGCCAGGCGUCGUCACAAGCAUCGUGACCAAGUCGGGUCGCACGCCCUUUACGUGCGCCUGCUGCGGAGACCACGUGACCAUUGUCCGCGUGCUGUUGGACCAGAACGCUAUCCCUGACCUCAACGUCCAAGACCAUGCCGGUAUGUCGGGCUUUAUGUGGCUCUGCGUCCACAACCAAGUCGACCUCGUCGACGAGCUCAAGGACAAAGUUGAUCUUAACCUCCGUUGCACCAAAGGGUUGACAGCCCUCGACUACCUCAGUCGCCAUCUCUCGCAUGGUGCGAACGACAACGCGACGCUUGUAAAUCUGACGGAGAGCAUUCUUGCUCUUGGUGGCACAUUUGGCACCCGAGCUCAGUCCAUAAUCAGUCGUCGAACGUGUCCAGCCGACGAGGUCAACCUGGCUGAACUCGCCUUUUACAUGCGCUUUGAUGCUCUCGAACAAGCCAUUCGCAACGGCGCGUUCGCGGGCGACGUCAACCGCCUCUACAAGCAACUUACUGCUCUGCACAUCCUCAGCACAGGAUUUGGCGUCACACCAGAGGAUACGUCUCUGGAGUACGAGCCGCGUGUGGACCUCAUCGAGUGUCUUCUGACGCAAUAUCCGUCCAUCAACCUCGAGAUCACACAAACCGUAUCUUCCGUUCUCCAUUCCAACUGA